AUGGACUCAUUGCACGACGAUAUCUUUGUGUCUUAUGACCGCGAUUCUGAACCCGAACCCGAACCCGAACCCGAACCUCUUGAUUCUUCCUGUACGCCAGGAAAAAGAAAAUGUGCGAAAUGCCAGAAACUCGGUAGGCGCUGCUUCCGGUGCCGUUUGAAGCUUGCAUUAGGGGAAGAGUCUGAGGAGCCUGCCAAGUCAGCACUUGAACUUGUUGUUGCUUCUCAAGCUGCUCAAAGAAACGACAAAUCCCAAGAUACUAUCCCAGAGCCUAUCCCAAAACCCAUCAAAACCAGGAAUGAAGCAAUACGACCACAAAAGGUUGCACAGAAUGGAGAAGCUCCGAGCCCCAUUACACGGUCUAGUUCAAAAUCUCAACUACAAGAUUGCCCAUCGACUGCCCCCAAGAAUAGAACCGAGAGCUUUCAGACCCCUUCCCAUGAUACAUACUUUUACAAUGGUGUAAUAACGGGCAGCACACAAUACUACCAAAGCAACAUUUCAUCCUGCGGUGCCAACAUCCAAUCUAAGGCGAACGAUGCCCACUGCCAAACAAAUUGCUACUUGUAUAACUAUCCUUGUUCUCAGUGGAAGGACCUAGCUCCUGAACCUCCAUACUACUACAAUCGAUCGAACGCAGAGAUUGAGGUAGUCAAGAUAAACAGAAGCUGGCAUCUCGUUUCCACAAAGUGCCGCGUUGAGAAAUACGAUGACAGCGGUAUUGAGCACAAUCACGAACACCGACAUUGGGCAGAGCCCUCCAGGGAAGCCCCCCAUUGCAACAGUUGCAGGUCUCUAGAAGAGAAGAAGGCCAGCGUUCCUGAAUAUAUCAAGUUUGACAAUGCCAAGGUGACUUUUAUAGAACAAUUACCUUGGCGAGGGUAUGCUCAUGCAGUCUGGGUUGCGCUGGCGGAUACAACACCCUUCAUGCCGGGCUCAGUGAUUCGCAGCACCAAUCAAUAUAAAGUGUCAUGUACGGUGUAUCGCGAUCAACUAUAUGGACCUGGGAGGCUUGUUAAUCAGGUCUGGAAGCCUGAUGAGCCCAUAAUACCACUGGAAUCAGUUUGCUCUCGCAUAUAUGAUUUCGGCAGAUCAGCCGUACACUGGGUGCAAGAAAGGAUCACUGGCGUGAAGCAUUCGGAUGAGAUUGACUAG